UCACCGUCGCUCUUUCCGCUCCCCCACCUGCUCCAUCGUCUCUCUUUCCGGUCGUUCACUGCUCCGUCGCGGCUCUUCCCGGUCAUCCACUUCCUCCAUCGUUCCAGUUCCCGGCGGCCACUUCUCUCCGCUAUUAUCCGCGAUUAACUAUUUAUCUCAGUGUGAUACGUACCUUCUAAACUCUUAAGGGUUUAUUGUAAUCUACGACUAUAUAGGUUAGAAACUGAGAAUGGAGGAAGAGAAUCAAGAAGUGAAAUCAUUUAAUGAUCUAGGCUUAUCUGAGCAAUGGUGGAAGCUUGUGACAAAUUGGGUUGGAAAGCACCGCUAAAAAUUCAAAUUGAAGCAAUUCCUCUUGCUCUAGAAGGAAAAGAUGUGAUUGGACUUGCCCAAACGGGUUCUGGUAAGACUGGGGCUUUUGCUCUUCCGAUAUUGCACGCACUCUUAGAAGCACCACAGCCGACCCAUUUUUUUGCUUGUGUAUUGUCUCCCACAAGGGAGCUUGCUAUACAAAUUUCUGAACAGUUUGAAGCUUUAGGAACUGAAAUUGGUGUCAAAUGUGCUGCGAUUGUUGGAGGCAUUGACAUGGUACAACAAUCCCUCAAGCUAGCAAAGAAGCCUCAUAUUAUUGUAAGUAUUACCACUGCUGUAGGCAUGCUUUGAUUUCAUUUGUUCCUUGUACAUCAAGAACAUUAGGGCAAUAGGUG